GUACAAACAAGCAAAUUGCCAUUUUCUUCAUAGCUUAAUUUUAAGGAAGAGUAACUUCCAGAUUUCAGUUGUGCCAAACCUCAAAGAGAACAGAAGUCUGUAAACAUCCAUGGCAGAAUCAACUAACAGGUACGCAGUUGUGACAGGAUCAAACAAAGGGGUCGGAUUCGAAACAGUAAGGCAGUUGGCCUCAAAGGGAAUCACUGUGGUCUUAACUGCCAGAGAUGAGGAGAGGGGUCUUAAAGCUGUUGAGAAACUUAAACAGUCUGGCCUCUCAAGCCAAGUAGUUUUUCAUCAACUUGAUGUGGCUGACCCUGCUAGUAUUGCUUCUCUGGCAGAAUUCAUAAAAAUUGAGUUUGGGAAACUUGAUAUUUUGGUGAACAAUGCUGGGACUAUGGGAGCUAUAGUUGAUGUUGAUGGUUUUAAAGCUGCAGUUGCAUCUGGUGCUGCAGAUGACUCGGGAGAGAGUGUUGAUUUCAACAAGUUGUUUACUGAAACUUAUGAGUUGACACAAGAAUGCGUGCAAAUCAAUUAUUAUGGUGGUAAAAGAACAGCUGAAGCACUUAUUCCACUCCUCCAGCUAUCUGAUUCACCAAGAAUUGUUAAUGUUACAUCGUCGACAGGGAAGUUGAAGAACAUACCAAGUGAUUGGGUGAAAGGAGUUCUUAGUGCUGAUGUCGAAAACCUUUUUGAAGAGAGUGUAGAUGAAGUUUUGACAGAGUUUCUAAGCGACUUCAAGGAUGGUUUACGUGAAACCAAGGGUUGGCCUUCUUUGAUUUCAGCCUAUACAGUGUCAAAAGCAGCAAUGAAUGCAUAUACCAGGAUACUAGCCAAGAAAUAUCCUGGUUUUCGCGUCAACUCUCUCUGCCCUGGUUUUGUUAAAACAGAUAUAAACUUCAAUGCCGGAGUUGUGUCUGUUGAAGAAGGUGCUUCACAUUCUGUGAGGUUAGCACUGCUGCCCGGUGAUGGCCCUUCCGGCAAAUUCUUUGUUCAGUCUGAAGUUAGGGUCAAGGUUGUGUUAACUGCUUUAGAUGAGAAGAGAGGUCAUGAAGCUAUUGAAAAGCUGAAAGAUUAUGGCUUCUCAGACCUUGUGGUUUAUCAUCAGCUGGAUGUAACAGACCCUAAUAGCAUUGCUUCCCUUGUUGAUUUUGUCAAAUCGCAAUUCGGGAAACUCUAUAUCUUGUUUUCAUGCAAAUCUUCAUUGUCGUUCAUGUUCCCUUCCCAUCUGAUCAUCAUGGCAGAAUUAACCAAGAGGUGUGCAGUUGUGACAGGAUCAAACAAAGGGAUCGGAUUCGAAACUGUAAAGCAGUUGGCCUCAAAUGGAACCACUGUGGUCUUAACUGCUAGAGAUGAAAAGAAAGGUCUUGAAGCUGUUGAGAAACUCAAAGAGUCUGGACUCUCAGGCCAGGUGGUCUUUCACCAACUGGAUGUGGCUGACCCUGCUAGUAUUGCUUCUCUGGCACAUUUCAUCAAGACCCAGUUCGGGAAACUUGAUAUUUUGGUGAACAAUGCAGGGAUUGUUGGAGGUAUAAUUGAUGCUGAUCGUUUUAGAGCUGCAUCUGAAUGUGGUGUUGAAGGAGGUCAGAAUGAUUGGACAAAGUUCUUGACCGACACUUACGAGUUAACAGAAGAAUGCUUGCAAGUGAAUUAUUAUGGUGCUAAGAGAACAGCUGAAGCACUUAUUCCACUCCUCCAGCUCGCUGAUUCACCAAGAGUUGUUAAUGUUUCAUCCUCAAUGGGGAAGUUAAAGAAAAUACCAAGUGAUAGGGUGAAAGGAGUUCUUAGUGCUGACGUUGAAAACCUAAGCGAAGAUAGUGUAGAUCAAGUAUUGACGGACUUUUUAAACGACCUCAGAGAGGGUUUACUUGAAAACAAGGGUUGGCCUUCUCUGAUGUCGGGCUAUACAGUCUCAAAAGCAGCUAUAAAUGCAUAUACAAGGAUUCUAGCCAAGAAGUAUCCUGGUUUUCGUGUUAACUCUGUCUGUCCUGGCUAUGUCAAAACAGAUAUAAACUUCAAUAACGGCUUCAUGACUGUUGGAGAAGGUGCUGCAAGUGUGGUGAAUUUAGCAUUGCUGCCUGAUAAUGGCCCUACAGGCCAAUUCUUUUUCCGGUUUAAAGUAUCAUGUCUUUAAACAAAGAUGGAGUUAUGCAAAUCCCUGUCAGCUGUAACUGAUUGAAUUUGGAAGCACUAUUCUCAUUACA